UCUCAGCUGACUGAUGGGCUACCUAUGGAGUGGACUCGAACAGGAAGGAUCCAGCUCUAAAAAAGUUGGCUAUGAAGAUUCUCGGACUCACGUGUUCUGCCAGUGGUUGCAAGCGCAAUUGGAGCACGUUCGAGUCGAUUCAUACCAAGAAAAGGAAUCGCCUUGAGCAAAAAAAGCUCAACGACUUGGUUUUCGUUCAAUACAAUCAAAAAUUGCGAGAACGAUUCCAAAGUAGGAAAGAAAAGCCCGGCUUCUUUGACCCUAUCUGCUUAGAUGAGUUGGAUGCAGAUAACGAGUGGCUCGUAGAGACGGAGGACCCGGUAUUUGCUGGAGAGGAUCUGACAUGGGCACAAGUUGAAGAUGUCGCAUAUGGAUCGACACCUGGUGAAGGUAGUAGUACCACUCGAAGGCGAAGGACGGGGGGAAGCCGGGGGGCGAGUAGUAGCCGUCAACCCGUUGAUGAGAUUGAGGAGAUUGAAGAAGGAGAAGGUGAUAAUGAUGAUCAAAUUGAAGAUCAUCCACCAUUGGAUGUUGAUGAAGUAUUAGUACGUACAGAUGACGAAGAAACGGAAGAAGAAGAAGUGUAUAUGGAAGAAGGAGAUGACUCGAAUGAUGAUGAUGGUGGUGGUGGUGGUGGUGGACUUGGUGGUGAUGUGCCACAAUGGAUGCUAGAUCAAUGUAUAUCAUGAUUAUUGAUUAAUGAU